GGCGCCUGCGUGGCCCUGCCCGGGCCGGGCGGCUCGGCUCGGUUCCGUUCGGUUCGGCAGCGGAGCUGUCAUCCCCGGUGUGGUGUGGCGUGGCUGCGUCCCCGUCCCCGCCGAUGCCAUGCUAAGACCAGAGAUCUCCGCAUCCUACCAGGAGCUGAGUGAAGAUGUGGAGCGAGCAUCUGGAAACCCAACGGAUGAGAGAGAAGGAGAGAUGGAAGUUCAUGAAGAUGCCAGCUCUAUUAUUUUACCAGAUAGUGAACUGGGUACCACUGCCCCUUCUUUGCGUUUCAGCAAGACCUGCCUAAAGAAUGUUUUUUCAGUAAUUCUCCUGUUUAUUUAUCUGCUGCUCAUGGCUGUAGCUGUUUUCCUUGUGUACCAAACCAUCAGUGACUUCAGGGAGAAGCUCAAGUACCCAGUGAUGUCUGUCUCUUACAAGGAAGUGUCCUUUUAUGAUGCACCUGGUAUUGCCUUUUACCCAGGCAAGGCUCGGCUGCUGAGCUGUAAGCAUCAUUACUAUGAUCACAUUCCACCUCUGAUAAAUCCAGGUCAGCCAGGAGAAAUUGAAUGCACCACUCAGAGAAUCAACUACACAGAUCCUUUUACUAAUCAAACUAUGAAGUAUGCUUUGGUUGUUCGAGGCCCUCGUGAUGUGAAGAAAAAGGAACUGGUGUUUUUGCAGUUUCAUUUAAAUGGAACAGACCAAGAUUUCAGUGCCAUUGACUACCUUCUGUUUUCUUCUUUCCAAGAGUUCAUCAACAGCCCAGAAAAAGCAGAAUUCAUGAAGGACUGUGAAAGUUCAUACUCCAGCUGGAAGUUCUCCGGAGGCUUUAGAACCUGGGUCAGGAUGUCCUUGGUGAAAACAAAAGAAGAAGAUGGCAGUGAGACUGUUGAAUUCAAACAAGAGACCAGCGUGGUUAACUAUAUUGACCAGAGAGCUGAACCAAGAGGUGACCAGCUGUUUUUUGUGGUAUUUGAAUGGAAAGACCCUUUUAUACAGACUGUUCAAGAUAUAAUCACAGCAAAUCCCUGGAACAUGAUCGCUCUUCUUUGUGGUAUCUUUUUGGCUCUGUUUAAGGCAGCAGACUUUGCCAAGUUAAGUGUUAAGUGGAUGAUCAAAAUCCGAAAGAGACAUCUGAAGAGGAGGAGUCAAGUAAUGAACCACAUAAACUGAGACUGCCUUUUAACUAUUCAUAGCAAAAGGGAUAGAAAAUAACUGGAAUAAACUUCAAUCAGCAGCUAAAGGUGCAAACCAGGUAGGUUUUUUUCUGGAAAAAUGACAGCUGGGGGACCAGCCUAAUGAAGUGGCCUUUGAACUUCAGAAAGGAGCUAACACUAGGACAGAUCUAACAAACUCAAACUCAUGCUCUUCUGUUCCAAAUUUAACAAGCUUACCUUGAAAUAUAGGGUGGACCUAGGGAGGAGAGAAUUCACUGAUGUUUAGAAAGUCAAACACUGUAGUGGUUCUAAAAAGCUUUAAAAAAAGUGGACAGUGUGUGAAUGCUUCUCAGAACAGGAGACCAUUUAAUUUCUGCAUGGGCUAUGACCUGCAUCCCUUACUGUAACACGGUUACUUUCUAGACUGCUUUUAGUGGAAGAUGAACAGUUUGUGUUUUGGUAAAAAGGUAAAAACAGUCUGGCCUCCCCUCUCCAAAGUAUGUGUUAAAACAAAAUACACUGGAAUUCUAUUAUGUGUAAUUUUUAAAGUAUAGUGACUUUAAUAUUAAAAAAAACAAACCAAACCAAAAUAAAAUUAAAAAAACCAAUCAAACAAAAAAACCCCCAACAAACCAAAACCACCUUCAAAUAAGAUAUUUUAACUACCUGCUCUCUGAUUCAGCUGGUGCUUUAUAGGAGGUAGUGCAGGUGGGAGUACUAUGGCAAGAAGAAUCUAUUCUUCACCAGUCCAACCCAAAGUAAACUCAACCAGCUCAAUACCUCAGCCUAGAGUUCAAAGUUUCUCAGGCUGUUGCUCAACCAUCCUUCCCCAAGUCUCUGCUGAAGAAGUGAAAAAUAGACUUUCAUCAGCCUGGCAUUUAAAUGUGAUCCUCUGUUACCCAGGGAAUGUGUACUAACCAACUGUGCUGGGGUGGCGAAGUCUUUUUCUUCCUUAUAAGUCCCUUCUUACAAGUCCCUUCUUAGGCAUCCAGACCCACACGGCCUCGUGGAGGCUGCUGGGCAGCAGUGCACCCCUGUGUGUUUGCUCUGAAGGCUUUGUUGCAAGGAAGGAGCAUGCCAAGCCAGAUUUUGCUUCCAUGGCAGGGCAUCCAAAGUACGUAUUCUCCCCCCCCGCCCCUCUUUUAUUUUUUUCUUUUUGCCUCUUAAGCAUUUUGGAGCAAAAUUUGCUACUUGCAAGCCAAUUUCCAGAGCAAAUCCAGGCAGUGCAUUGACCAAACACACCCUUAAGCAAGGGAGCAACUAAUCACUGUGACAAUACAAACAAAAGAGCAGCAGAGGCUGCAGGCACAGGGGCAGAGAGUGUGUUCUCCUGUGCCCAGGCAGGAGAAGGUUACAGCCUACCUGUCACUUGCAGUUACUGCUCUUGCCACUUCCCCAGCUCCUCUGCUGAUGCUUCACGUGGUAGGCUCUGAGAUAACUCCUCAUACUCCUCUGGGAAAAAAAAAAGUUUGGAUGCAAGAAGAGGUGGAGUUCAGCCAGCACUUUACGUUCAGUGUCUUGCAAGGGUGGCUCUGGAACGUGUCCAGCAGGGCCCAUGGUGUACCUGGCUCAGGUGAGGGAGGUAGCGAGGGCAUAGCAAGGGAACAAAGUUACCUGAGAGAGGGGUAGCAAAGACCAAAAACAGUGCACUUCUGAAGCAAACUGAGAACACUCUGCUACUUCGGCCCUAGCUGCUGAUGUAGUGGUGUAUGGGACAAACUCAGGGGGGGAAGAAUCAGGGGAAGGAUGACAAAUCUAGACUUAGACCAUCCAUCUAACAACCACCACAACAAAAAAACCCUCAACAAACACAACCCUAUUGUUGUGUAACAGCCUAUGCAGCCCUCCAGUACCUGAAGACCCACAGGACAGCUGGGGAAUAAUUUUUUUUUCUAAGUGCCUGCAGCAAUAAGACAAGGGGUAAUGGCUUUAAACUGGGAGAGGUUAAAUUGAGGUUGGAAAUCAGGAUGAAAUUUAGUGUGAAGGUGGUGAGAUGCCAGUUCUGGGCUAAGAGGUGUGGUGAAAGAAAGGGAGCACACCUUUCUACUAUAUUUAAUGUACUUUUUUUUUUACUAGAUUCCCCUAAUAGACAGCUUCAGUCACUCCCCUUUAGCUAUCAUGAGUUCUUGUGUUUUAAGGAAAUGCUACUAGAGCAGGCCAGCAUGGUCCAGUUGAGAGCCCUUUCUUGUAUACACCUAUUUAUAGGAAUGAUUGUAAUAGCAAGUGUUGCACAAUGUGUUUGAAACAGCCACUCACAGCUACUGUGUUGUUUUUCUGUUACUUACUGUAAAUUUUAACAAUUACAAAUGCCAGUAAUUUGUUCUUCAUACAACUGCCAGGGGUUAGAUUCCCAAACUGCCAUACAGUUUAUUUCCUUUAUACUGUAAGGCAGCUGAAAAUAUCUUUUAUCUGAAAUUCAGGUUUUUAUUAUUCCAUGAAAAAAAAGGCUAAAGAUUUAAACUGAGGUGAAGGGUGUCUGCAAGACAGUCACCUCCCUCCUGAUCUGGCAAAGCUUCCAGCCCCUCAAGUCUCUAACAUCUGACUUCAAGGCUAGCAUGAAAAGUAAAGGAUGCUUUUCCCCAGAAAUUCUGGGCAGCCUCCUACCCUAGCAGAGUCUGCUUUGGUCAGCUGAUUAUUUACUCUUUUAUAUAAAGCUGACAUGGAAAGAGCAGCAACUGAGUGGUGUUGCUGAGAUGGAACUAUUACAAGCAUAGGCCACUUCAGGCAGCAUUAUCCCCAUUUCUCCUGUGAAACACAACUUCUUAAGAGACAAAACUGAAGUACCAAUAAAAGUAUAAUAAAAUCAAUUCAAAACAGUGUAGUAAAGACCUUUUUUUUUUUUGCCUGGAAACUGCUUGAAUCAAGUCUGUAAACCAUCCAGGCUGUUGCUAAAACAAGCCCAGGACAUCUGCCUCAGCUGUUGUGAGCACCACCUGCACUGCACAGAACAAAGCCUUCCAACCCUUCUCACAAAAACAAAGCCCCAGGGAGCCCCCAGCACUUUUGCCACAGGCUGGUGAAAAGCCACAGGUUACUUACACAUACGUGCAGUUAAAGGUUGCUUGUAAAAGCCAUUCUAAUUUUCCUGGUCUUUAUAAACACAAAGAUGUGAUAUACAGCACUAAAUACAAACAUAAAGACUUUAUUGAAUGCUGCUCAAUUCCCCAAAGAUCUUUCAUUACAAAAGUUUUCCACACAACUGCAAUUUAAGAGAUUGGAAUGGUACUCUGAUAAAGGAUGUGAAAAAUACUUGAUCAAGUAAACAGACAAGACUUCUAUUGUCAAUCUUCCACCUUUAAGAAACAGGCUGCAUUUUCUUUAAAUAAAACAAGGAACUAUUUAUUGACAUCCUUUCCUCCUAAACAAAGG